AUGUUGCUGCGAAUAUUCACCUACACAGUUUUGGCAUUCCUCGUUAGCUUCACUUCCGCCAGGCAAAAUCAUUUUGGCAACCCUUGCUAUUUGUGUAAAUGCUUCGUCUACUACUCUGAUCGCGAUGUAGCUGUGCCUAUAAAACCAUACGCCAUGGCUGCUGAUGGUUACGACACCACUGAAGACCGCUGCCUAGCCACUUGCAGAAGAGACGAGAAAUGUCAUGCCGCUGUCUAUGGAAUGGUUGGUGGACGAAAAGUGUUCUCUUGCGAGUUCUAUGAAAAAAUCGACGCAAGGAGAUCCCCUGUCUACUCACCGUAUGUUAACAUCUACAUCAAAAGAGCAUCUUGCGCAUUAACGGACGACCACUUAUUAUCUGUGGAUAUGAUUGAAGCAGAUGAUUCAUCGUUGAAGCGACGAACAAAGCACGAAAGAAAUGCCUACAAAUACAAUCCUUUUACUGGUUAA